AUGUAUUCAAACUACUUUACCGAGAAAGACGAGGUGACGGGCAUCCCGAGGCGUUGGCGACGCGCGCAACAUCUCGCAUGGAAAUUGGAGUGCGCCAAGCCGCAGCGCGUGGCGCAGAAGCUGGCGUACCCCGUCGGGUUGGGCGGGUUCAAAGAAGGAGACCUCUUCUACCGCACGAGCUGCGGGCCGAAGGCGCGCGCCGCGCUCGACGACGCCAUCGAGCGGUUCGAAGCGUACCUCGACCGCGGUGAAAACGCGCGCCCGAUCCGCGAGAUGAUCGCGAGGGUCAAGAAGGAUUCUCUCGAGGACUACGACGCGUACUGCGACGGCCCUGGCACGUUCGCUCUCCUCGUGAAGCUGAACCGCGGACCUCGGAAGAAGCGAAAGAAGACCGUGGAGACGCAGGAAGACGACGACACGCUGUCGAUCGAUUGUUACAUUCGUAACGAUCCAUCCGCCAUAGAGCUCAUCGACUUCCACCUCACGAAGGACGCGGGGAAGGCGUUCGAGGCCGAGGUCUCGCGGUGGCCGGGGUGCGUCGCGGUUCGCGCGCGGCUCACAGAGGAGCAUAAACUCGAACGAGGUAUCGCAAGCAAAGGGCCUCACUGCGUCUACAAAGUCGUCAUCUCCGUGGAAGCCGUGGAGGCGCGCCGCUCCGGUCGCGUCCAGGAGCCCCCGCUCGGGACGCCGCUGAACAUGCCGCCCGAGGAGUUCGUUCUCGCAUGA